UGUUUUGUGGCUUACAAUAGCGGAACACUUGUGAGUUUUAAAGUGGUUCCCAAACUACAGGGAAUCGAUCAGUUGCUGUCUUGAACGCGGUUUAACGCAGACGGUGUUUAGUUGUAUCCACACGCACGCCUCGCUGCUGUCGCACCGCCUGAAGCUCCUGACACUGGCGGGGCUGGCGGUGCUGACGUCGGCCGCGUACUACGCCGGUUUUGCCAGCGCUCCGCUCAGCUUGUCGUCGGCGGCGGAAGCAAGAGACGCAGUAAAGCGCGUGAAUUUUUCUGCGGUAAAACUGCUGGAGUUUGACGCGGACGUGGUGCCAGAUGUCGCGGCGUCCAACGUCUACUUGAUGGAGACGUCGCAUGCAGCAGCUGUGCCUCCUAGGGGGCUCUGUGGGCUGGAGAGUUACUGCAAAGUAAAUCCACAAGCAACCGUGUGGUUCUUGGUGACGGCUCAGCCCUUAGAACCCUCGACGCUGGCAGCCUUGAAGGCUCUUCAGGCCGCCUACCAGAACUUGUGGGUGGCUCAUGUGAACUUCACCUCGCUUUUUGAGGGAACUCCGCUGCUAGAACUUUAUCACUCCAAAAAGUUCAAUAACACUUCGCACAAAAUCCACAACCUGAGCGACAUGAGCCGCGUGGCGCUGGUGUACAAGUUCGGAGGUCUGUACUCGGACAUGGACGUCAUCGCCCUGCGCCCUCUGGUGGGCGCCACCAACUUCAUCGCGCUGGAGGUACCGCAAGCCAAACUUUAUGCUACAGGGACAACUGCGGAACAUAUAGCAUAUAACUAA